AAAGCAAGUAACCUACACCACCCUACCCAUAUAUCAGUUCUGUAUCCAACAGGCAUCUUGAAUGGUCCAUGAGCAAGAAUGUUGCCCACUCGGAUCUCACUAACCGUCAACGCCGCACCAACCAAUAUGAUCACAAAGUUGAACGACUGUUGGGUAGCGCGCGCAACCUUUUCCCGGCCCGACAGUUCUCCCCAUUCAUAUCGCCCAUCAUCGGAUAGCACGGUCACAUUUCUCCGUCUCGGGGUCGAGCUUGGCCCUGAGCCUCCCCCGAGAUCGCCGUGAGUCGCAUAGCACCGCGUCAACUCGACCGUGCGGGGAAAUCCAGGGCGCAAGAGCAGGGCAGACGAGGCCCGGGUCAAGGAAGGUCUGGGUAGGAGGUAUACACUCAUUGUGGGAUAUCGAACAUCACCCGGGUUCCCGUCGGAUCAAAGUGUAUCGCACGGCAGUCGUGAGCAUGGGAGAUUCGAGCACGAACUGCUGAAUGAUCUCAUAAAAUUCCAUGCGCUGAGCCGUGGUCGGCAUUCAAUGAGACUCGGUCCAUGUGGGGAGACGGGUGGGUCACGUGGAUGCCUUCCGCUCUGGUGAAAAUUUCCGGAAGGGUCCGAGUACAGCUGUAAUUGCAAUACGCAGUGCGAACAGAAGGUGUGAAGACGUCCAUAUGUAGCCUUGUAUCUGAUACCGUUGCUUGGCUUGAACGUAUUAAAUGUGGAUCCUAUUGAGAUGAAUACAACGGUAAGACAUCUUUUUUGCAAGGUUUCAGAAUUGGGUCUAUCAUCUUCCCCUUUAAGCACGGCGGCAAAUUUAAAAGUUACAGUAAUUUGUAACUUCCGCCCGGGAGUCCAAAAACGAUUCCGACCACGUUCGUUCUCCCGAUUGCAUUUUGGAUCCCUCUUCCUCCUCCCUGGACGUCCUGACAUCCUGUACCGUCUUUGUUUCUACUUCGUUCAGGACCCGUUUCGUCCGACUCGUCUCACAAUGAGUGCCACCAAGGCGGAGUCUCAAAAAAUAUUUGAGAAGCUCAAACUAAAGCCCGCAAACAAGAUCUGUUUUGAUUGCGGCUCCAAAAACCCUACAUGGUCAUCGGUGCCUUUCGGUAUCUACCUGUGUCUCGACUGCUCGGCCCACCACCGUAACCUGGGUGUCCACAUUUCCUUCGUUCGUUCCACAAACCUCGACCAAUGGCAAUGGGAGCAACUUCGACUUAUGAAGGUUGGUGGAAAUGAGUCUGCCACCAAGUAUUUCCAGUCGCAUGGAGGUUCCGCCGCCCUGGCUAGCAAGGACACUAAGGUCAAGUAUACUUGCAAUGCUGCCGUGAAGUACAAGGAAGAAUUGAAGAGGCGGGCUGCGCAGGACGCCGAGCAAUACCCCGAAGAGGUCGUGAUCACGGACGUUCCCGCUGGCACCCCGUCCAACGGCUCCAGUACGCCUGCCGGCGAUGCUGACGAUGACUUCUUUUCUUCCUGGGAUAAGCCUUCGAUCAAGCGCCCAAGCAACCCUCCCUCACGCACAGGAACCCCCCCAGUGGUUAGCCGCACUGCGUCUCCAUUCUUGAAUGCAGGUGCAAAUGGCUCGCGCUCCAAGUCUCCCCUUUCCGCCUCCGACAAGGAAAGCUCUCCUGCCCCCGCUGCUAUCAGGGCUAGCACUACUGUCCGGAAGACUACGACUGCUAGUUCCGCAAAGAAGGGCAGUGUGUUGGGCGCCAAGAAGGCACCCAAGUUGGGGGCUAAGAAGAUCGGCGCAGCGGAGGCCAUCGACUUCGAUGAAGCAGAAAGGAAGGCCAAGGAAGAAGCCGAGCGCAUUGAGAAGCUUGGAUAUGACCCUGAGGCUGAACAGGCCGAGGCUGAGGCCAAGGCUAAGAGUACGACUACGGGAGCUACGCCUAUUGCCGCCCCCACGCCAAUCAGCCCCAGCGCCGCCAGAAAGUCCCACGAGCGUAACUCUAGCGAUGUAGAGCGUCUGGGAAUGGGCAUCGGACGUCUAGGAUUUGGCCAGACUGCUGGUUCGAAACCUGCCGCUCCGAAGAAGCUGGGCUUUGGCUCGGUCGCUCCUGCUCGGUCAGCUGCUGAUGAGGAGGAACUUAGCCAGACCAAGUCCAGGUUUGGUGCCCAGAAGGGUAUCUCGUCUGAUGAGUUCUUCGGCCGUGAAAGAUUCGAUCCCUCAGCCCAGGCCGAGGCUAAGGAGCGUCUCCGCCAAUUCGAUGGCGCCACCUCUAUUUCCAGCAACUCUUACUUUGGCCGACCUGAAGAUGAUCUCCCCGCUGGCGAUGAUGGAUACGGAGACCUGGAAACUGCGGCCAAGGACUUUGUUCGUCGUUUUGGCAUGACAGCAGGAGACGAUCUCGAGAACCUUACACAACUCGUCGGAGACAGUGCCGUCAAACUGCAAGGCGCCAUACGUAACUACAUGAACAGCUAAACUGAUGCACCCAACCUAUCAAUACCGCGGUAACCUUCUAAAUUUCCACCUUCGGACACCAUUACUUUGCCAUGAUUAGCCAGUUCAUUGCCUAUCACUUUGGCGGCGUUCUUAUCCCUAUCCCUUUAGAAUGAUAUCCUCGCGAACACAACCUCGGCCCAAUUUCAAUCCUGCCGACUGCGAGUACUCUGGCCGGGAAAAGCGUUCGGCUUUCUACAGGCCGAGUUACGAAGCGGGGAGGUCGGCUUCUCUCUUGUUAAUUGCUUGUGAUUCUGAGUUGUCGAACGUCUUUUAAAUUGGCAUCUUCAUUGAAUAUCAUCUUUGAUUUGCUAUGGUUACUGUAUAUCCUCUUUUUUUUGUUUCUAGGUAGUGCUAGGCGUUUUUGUCAAUUAAAACCAGAUAUUUUAAAA